ACAUGUAUUUACAUGUUCGACUCGAGUGAAAGCUAAAUAAGGGGACAUAUUUCUACUCAAAUUUGAUUUAAUUAAAUUUAGAUAAAUACUGUUUAUAAGUAAAUUAUUCCUGAAACCGUCAAAAAGAACAACCAUGUCUACCUAUAAUUUAAAUCGACACCUUGAAGAAACCGGGAUGCGUAUCGGAUUCCAAGUUGUGGAAGUUUUACUUGACAUCGGCUCUGGGGUAAUCAAGCCUCAAAGAGACACAAAUGAGCAACAGCUCGCUCUAAGUAAUCCAAUUAUUUUGACCACAAUCUUAAAACAACUCCCCGCCAAGAGAUCUCCGCCGUUACAAAAUUGUCGUCUCGUUUCCCACUUUUGGAACGACAUGGUCCUCUCCCUUCCAAAUACAAAAUUCGCGCUCAAACUUGACCCAAGCAAGAAGCUAAAUCCUGACCACGAUCCGGUCCCAUUUUUCGACAUGUGCUCCACCCUCGACCCCCGUCUCGCGAAACGGAUCAACGCCACGUGUCACUCAUACCCCGAGCUUCCUGUAAUCCACUCCUUCGCUGCCAAAUUCCCCCACGUUUGCGACAAAUUUAGUGGCAAAAUUCAAAUUUUGGACAUUUCCAUCGACUACGAGAGGUGUUUGGAUUCAAUUUAUCGCGCUCUAAAAAACUCGUGUCCGAAUUUGAAACAAUUGAGGAUCACGUGUCGGACGGAGAUUGACGUGAGUUUGGCUCCCGUUGUGGCCGGGAACCCAAUUUUAUGUGUCCCACUGGAACUCAAAUCCGUUUUAGAGGUGUUCUCCGUCAGUUCGAUGAAGGUUGACAUCCCACCACUGUCCAGGCUUAUUCAACUGGUGAUCAACGCCUCGCCCAAUUUGAGAGAGGUCACCCUUCCACUCGGAUUUUAUCCGGAUUUAGGAAAUUCUAAAUGUCUCGACUCCUUAGCGAUCUCGCUAGAUGACGCGCGGUCAGACGACCUUACUCGCGCGAUCCAGCGCAAUUCCGAACUCUCAAGGAUGUUGGGACAAGUGGGGGAACAACUCGUCGCUCUAACUUUUGGGUAUGAUGUCGAGGAUGCUAAGAGAAACAUGUCCUGUGAUUUCGAAGAGCUGAAACGUACCGGAUUCCAAUUAGGCGAAAGAUUUCCCAAAUUGCGAAAUUUUCGCAACGAUAUUAUCGACGUUUUCGAGCCGAACGAUCUCAUUCAAAAUUUGGAAGGAAUGCCAGCCCUGAAAUCGCUCGAGAUUGGCAAACUGUUAAAAAUGUCUACUUGCCUGGACAAGUUCUUGGCCGGGAUUUGCAAAUCGAGAAAGAUUUUUGCAAGCGUGACGAAUUUAAGGGUGAAAGAGCUGAUAAUUCCGCGAGUUUUGAACGAGAUGAAGACCGCAUUUCCGAACGUGGAGCGGUUGCACGUGGACAUUUUGUGGGCGGAGGUCUUCUCCGCGAUGAAGUGGGGUAUGGGCACCGUCCUCCAGGGGUGUUCGGAUUGGGGGGCGCUGAAACAUUUGAAUUUGGCGGUGCCCACGUAUCCAGCUGGUAACGAGGACUUCAUCGGGGAGCUGGCGAGUGGCGGAGAGUUGUAUAAGAGGUUGAAAACUCUGGAAAUCAGAUCUCACAAAAGACACAAUAUGACCGAGGAGUUCACAGAGGAGGAAAUGGCCACCUUUGAGACAGUCCUUAUCGCACUGGAUGAAUUGGAAGAUGUCAAAAUUUCAAACUUUUCCUUUGCGGAGGAAUGUGACCAAAGAAUUGUCGCCUUCCUCGUGUCGAAACAUAUUUCACUGUUCAAGUUCAGGAUUGGAGUGUAGGAUGAAAGAAGACGAAUCAUGGCCUCGGGUAUUUAGCAGAGGGCGGUUAUGUAUUUAUUUUCUACUUUUUCAUUCUGUAAAAAUUUUCCGGUAUGUUCCCCAACUUAAAAAAAAUUCUAAUGAUUUUACAAAUUGUUACAUAUUUAAUUCGCAAGCAUUUUUUAGUCUCAACCGCUAUACGUCAUUCCUUAUGUAAAUAUGUAGCUCCAAGUAUAUAUUUAAGGGUUAUCAUAUGUAUGUAUGUAUGACAUGUCAAAAAUUACUGAUUACUAGUAAUUUUCGUCUAGAAGUCAUUAAAAUUAAAAGUUACAAAUGCAAAAAGGACAAUUGACAAAACGAAACAUUUAAAAUAUGUACAUAGAUAUUACUUUUUAGCAUGGAGUUUUAACAAAUUAAUCAAGAAAUACAUAGAUACUUUCCAAAUUUAAGUUUUUGUAAAGUUAAAUUAGUCUUCCGCUAUUUUAAUGGGUUUAUGGGAAAAAUUGUAUGUAAUUUGUAGUUCCACAUGUUCUGGAUAUUUUGUAUUUUUAAUAAAUAUGUAGCUUGAACAAAAACUUUUGGAUUCAUAUAUAUUCGAGAAUAAAAAAAAAACAAGAUUAUAGACUGUAUAUCCUCGUUUAAUUUUUGUGGAGAAACGUCCCUGGU